GGAGCAUACUCUUUGUUAGUUGUGCAGCAUGAGAACGCCCACGUUAGAUACUUUUUGUGGUGCUGUUAUGACCGAUAAAGUUUCUUUCUGUUUGUAUUCAAGCAAGUUCUGAUAAAAAGGAGAGGCACUCCGCUAAGUUGUCAGCAUUGACGGUCAGGUUCUGGUCAAUCUGACCCAACAUGUAUCGCCCCAAACCAACUCUGAAGGACCGGCAGCACCUGUACAAGCUCAUCAUAAGCCAGCUGCUUUAUGAUGGAUACACCAACAUCGCCAACAGUCUCAUCAACGAGGUCAAACCACAGAGCGUAGUGUCGCCCUCUGAGCAGCUGAUGCAGCUGGCAAAGAUAGGGAUGGAGAAUGAUGACAGUGCAGUUCAGUAUGCCAUCGGGCGCUCAGAUACAGUGGCACCUGGAGUGGGUAUCGAUCUGGAAUUUGACGCCGACGUCCAGACCAUGUCUCCGGAGGCAUCGGAGUAUGAGACCUGCUAUGUUACAUCUCAUAAGGGUCCGUGCCGUGUCGCCACAUACAGUCGAGAUGGUCAGCUGAUUGCCACCGGGUCCGCUGAUGCCUCCAUCAAGAUCCUAGAUACUGAGCGCAUGCUGGCCAAGAGUGCCAUGCCCAUCGAGGUGAUGAUGAAUGAGACAGCACAGCAAAACAUGGAGAAUCACCCUGUGAUCCGGACACUGUACGACCACGUCGAUGAAGUCACCUGUCUUGCCUUCCAUCCGACUGAACAGAUUCUAGCGUCUGGCUCGAGAGAUUACACCCUUAAACUGUUUGACUACUCAAAGCCCUCUGCAAAAAGAGCAUUUAAAUAUAUACAGGAAGCAGAAAUGUUGCGUUCAAUAUCCUUCCACCCAUCAGGUGACUUCCUGCUGGUGGGAACGCAGCACCCCACCCUCCGCCUCUACGACGUCAACACCUUCCAGUGCUUUGUGUCCUGCAACCCGCUGGACCAGCACACAGACACCAUUAGCGGCGUCAGCUACAACCCCUCCGCCAACAGCUACGUCACCUGCAGCAAGGAUGGCAGCAUCAAGCUGUGGGAUGGUGUCUCCAACCGCUGUGUGACCACCUUCGAGAAGGCCCACGAUGGCGCAGAGGUCUGCUCCGCCAUCUUCUCUAAGAACUCCAAGUACAUCCUGUCCAGCGGCAAAGACUCCGUGGUGAAACUGUGGGAGAUCUCUACGGGCCGGACGCUGGUCAAGUACACAGGUGCUGGUUUGAGCGGCCGUCAGAUGCAUCGCACGCAAGGCGUGUUCAACCACACAGAGGACUACGUGCUGCUGCCUGACGAGCGCACCAUCAGCCUGUGCUGCUGGGACUCUCGCACGGCCGAGAGGAAAAACCUGCUGUCUCUGGGACACAACAACAUCGUCCGCUGCAUCGUCCACUCGCCCACCAAUCCCGGCUUCAUGACCUGUAGCGACGACUUCAGGGCCCGCUUCUGGUACCGCCGCACCACCACAGACUGAGACACAUCCUGGUUCCAUGUUUCCACUCUAGCACUCUCCUUUUCCAUCUCACUCCCCUCACCCCCCCACCCCCCUCUGGCGGAGACCCCCACUGAAUGCUGGACUCUUCUGUCUCUGAGACUGUCCGACUCUUCUGCUGGACUCCACGACCUCACUGAUCUUUCUUCUGAUCUGUGGCAUCUUUCAUUUUUAUUUAAUUCGAAGCUGUGCAUUAGGAUUUGGGUUCGAUUGAGGGAAUUCUUUACUAAAAAAGACUUUAACUUCAGUGAAUAUCUUCCUGUUUUGAUUAGUUGAAUGAAUGAUUACUGCAAACAAAACCCAUUUAAGUGUCUGUUUGGAGCCUUGACUGUUGUUUUAUGUUAGAGUCGGAAAAAAAUGAAUGAAAGCAGCCACACUUUGUGAAUGGUACACUGAACUUUUCUCUGAUUUAACUGUAAGUCUGACCUUUAAAACUCCUUUUACAGCUACUCGGAUCUCAAAUUUCUGUUUAAUGUCGUAAUUGACCACAGAGUCGGGUUGUUGUCGUUCCCACUUUUAUACUUUGUGCAAGUCCUUUGUUGUAAGUGAGAUUUUUUUAUUAAAGAAUUAAAAGGA